AUCGUUAGCCAUCCGUCGUCCAGCGUCGUCGUUUCCCGUCGGCCGCCGUUGCCGUGCGCGCGUGUGUGUGUGUGUGUGCGUUGGUUUCACGUCCGUGGCCCGUGCGAUUACAGCGAGUCGCGACUCGGGACAGUUUUGUCGCGCGCGCGCAGUGGGGGGCCCAUGUGACGUUUUUGAAUUAUUUCCGUUUUUAUUUUUGUUUGCCCAGCCGCCGCGGAUUUUUGCGGAAGUCUACACUGUCCGUUUGAGACUAAAAUCUAUAUUUAAUCGCAUUCCAGCGAGGCCCGCUACCGACGUACCGGACACAUUUCUUUUCGCUGGACCGUUUGGCCUAGUUUCAAAAAAAAAACCGCAUAUAGGUAUCUACAAUAUUGCACGAGGUGUAAUAAUAAAUCGUAAAAGGUCGACGACUUGAGCACGCGUGUGUGAGAGUAUAUAUGCACCGCUGCAAUCGUUUCGUGUUUGUUUAUUGUCCGUGAAACGACUACGACGACAGUGGUUCUCGCCCGGGUGGAAGCGCGCCGCUACCGGAAAUGGAAAGAAAUCACUAUUUGUCGGGUUCGUUUGACGGUCUGUCCAACGGCGAUCACGACCACCAUCAACGGCAGUAUUUCAAGAGCUCGUUCGCCAAGUCCAUGGCGCUCGAGACGACUAAGUCACUGAACUUUGCGGAUCUAGACUUGACCGGCAAAGAACGGUACAACACCAUCGGAUCGCAGCGGCAGGUAAAUAGAAGACUUUCUCAAAGGUUUGAAACAAAUGAAAACAAUGAAUCAUUCGAAUUUAUUAAAAAAGAAUACAAAAAUUUACAAAAUCUUUACGACGACUUGCGUUCCAAACACGAGAAACUAAUGCAGAAAGAUGCCAUUGACCAAGCACCUUGCAUCGAGUUGACAUUGGCAAAAUCCCAAGUUGACACUCUUCAGUGGCAACUAAAACAGGUUGAGGCGAGUAAUCAAAUGUAUAAAGCAGUGUUGGAGCAAGUAUCUAAAUUUUUAGAAAAAGCACACACAUCUUUGAAUACAAACCUCGAUAAACCUAAUUUGCCCAUUAAGAAUAGGAGACCAUCACUGAAGAGUAAUAGAGGUGAGUAUACAGAAAAGCUCUCACUAGAAGCAUAUAGAUUGUAUCGCACCGUUCAGUCUAUAAUUCAUACUAAAGAACCAGAUCUAGUCCAACACUUAACACCAUGCUAUAGUACAUUAUUUGAAAAGAACAGUAACUCUUCACUUUGCAGUUGUGAUUCUUUAAUGGCUGUUUGUAAUGGUGUAAAAUGCUUGGAAGUUUCUAGUAGCAGUUCAAAUCACAGUGAAACAUCUACUAAGGGAUCAGACUUUUUCAAAAAAGAAACUAAGCAGAAGAAUGUCAUAGAAGAUGAAAGUGGUUUCUCAUCAAUCAGUUCACAUGAUAAUAGUAAUUCUCCUACUUACCCUGAAUUGGGAUUGCCACCAACUGGACAUUUCCCAAUCGAUAAAGUCUCAAGAAGGUGGAGUUCUGUGUCUACUACGCCUAUUAAUCAAUCAUUUAAUUACCACACGACUGGAAGUACAAAUACUUCGCCACCUAUUAAAGUUUGUUGGGUAUAAGUUUACAAUUAAGUAUACAAUAUAACAUAUUGUGUAUAUGAAAGACUUAUGUAUUCAGUAAUUUAUUUUUAUUUAUUGUUUUCAUUAAUUUUAAUUAAUUUGUUUGGAAGUAUUAGCUGUAAUUGGAAUCCUUAAUUUUAUAUCAUCUUAUAUUAUGUUUUUCAUAAUCUUUGUUAAUUUCUAAUGACUGUCACAUUUUUUUAUUUUAUUUUUUAUUUUUGCUGUUCUAA